AUGUCUAUACCACAAUUCGAGCUCGCGAACCCCCCAACCGACGCCAUCUCCGCCAUACAAUUCGCGCCCACUUCCCUGCGGCUCCUCGUAGCGUCCUGGGACAAGCAUGUCUACCUUUACGACACCUCGAGUACUGGCGGCCAGCUGCUCAAUAAGUUUGAGCAUCGAGCGCCGGUUCUAGAUGUGUGUUUUGGGGAAGAUGAAGAGGAGGCAUAUACCGCAGGCUUGGAUUGGGAUGUCCGAUGUAUCAACCUCACCACAGGUGCCCAAACGGUUCUCUCCUCCCACGACGCAGGCGUCAAGUCCGUUCUCUACGAUCGACAGCACAAUAUCCUUGUCUCAGGCUCUUGGGACUCGACAUUACACGUUCACCACCUCUCCAAACCUUCUGAUCCACCCGUCAAGAUAUCUCUACCCAAUAAGCCGUUUUCUCUUUCCCUCACAUCCACUAGGCUUGUCGUAGCAAUGGCUUCCAGGGCCUUGCACAUCUACCAACUCGCGGAUCUGGCCUCUGAAUCUGCGGCCUCAGGCAUCGAACCUUGGCAGCGGCGCGAAUCUUCUCUGAAGUUCAUGACGAGAGCAGUGGCUUGCAUGCCCAACGACGAAGGGUACGCAUCUUCCAGCAUCGAAGGCCGUGUGGCUGUUGAAUGGUUCGACCCGUCAACCACUUCUCAAUCUCGGAAAUAUGCGUUCAAGUGCCAUCGUCAACCCUCGCCUGAAGGGGUAGAUGUGGUCUACCCUGUCAAUGCGUUGGCUUUUCAUCCUGUGCAUGGCACCUUCGCUUCAGGCGGCGGAGAUGGCUUCGUCGCGCUUUGGGAUGGCGUUGCCAAGAGGAGGAUCAGGCAGUACCAGCGGUAUACGACUAGUGUGAGUGCAUUGAGUUUUAGCGGGAACGGGAAGUUCUUGGCUGUGGCUGUCAGUCCUGGGUUUGAGGACGGGCGUGAAGGUGUUGGGGAGGGAAUGGUGGGUAUUUUCAUUAGGGAGUUGGGCCAUGGUGAGGCGAAAGGGAAAGGCAUGAAGUAA